CACAGCCACACUACAUUCAUCUUCUUCAACAAAACAUGGUGAUGAUGAUGUUUCAGCUCAGACCCCAUAUUCAUAUUCUUCAAUACCAAUACUACCAUCCCAGUACUACUCCAAAAUCAGCAUAUAAUAUCAAUAACAUCUCAAAAUGUAGAAGAAGAGAAGCAGCAGCACUAUCUGUUUCUUUAUCACUACUACUAUUCCCAUCAUCAUCCUCCUCCUCUUCUUCUGCUGUUGCUUCAACUUCAGCUUCAAAAUCAUCAUCAUCAUCAUCCGAGUUGUUGUUUUUGGACAUCCCAAAUUCAGGUGGUGUUAAGGUUUUGGACCUUCGUGUUGGCUCUGGAGAUGUCCCACUCCAUGGCAACCAGGUUGCAACAUUUAGGACUAUUGAUAAGGCAGCAACUCAUAAACUCCUCUCAGAUUCUACAACUGAAGGAACAUGCAAAGAACAAGUGAUUCCUAUUUUCCAAGAAGACCCUGCAGAACAUACAAAUGUUGCAAUACAUUACUAUGGAAGGUUGGCAGCGAAGCAAGGAUGGCGCUUUGAUUCAACAUAUGAUCACAAAGACGAAAAUGGAGAAUCAGUGCCAUUUGUGUUUGUUCUUGGGUCUGGGAAAGUGAUUUUGGGGAUAGAAGCAGCUGUGAAAUCAAUGAAAGUAGGUGGUAUUCGAAGAGUCAUCAUCCCUCCAUCCCAAGGAUACCAGAACACAUCACAAGAACCCAUACCACCCAAUUUUUUUGACAGGCAGAGGCUAUUUACUACCAUUUUCAAUCCAACUCGUCUUGCCAAUGGAGAAGGGUCAACAUUGGGAACUCUCAUUUUUGACAUUGAGUUGGUCAGUGUCAGGCAUCAGUAACCUACUUAGAAUACUAUUGAGUCUGAAAAUGGUUUAUAGCAGAAUCCAUAUAUAUAUAUAUGAUUAUCAAUGUGUCCCAGCUUGGGACUGAUUGAUAAUGCCUAAAUAUGAAGAUGAUUUCUGAAAUGGAUUGUUUGCUGAAUACACUUCAGUGAUGACAAAUUACUGUUUUAAUUGUGAUUUUCACUUUUCAAUAGUGAAGAAAGGAAAAGGGCAAAGAGAGAGAGAGAGAUAAUUGUUUUCAGUGAUAUUAGCUAGGGUGCAAAAUAUGCAUUUCUGUACUAAUUCUUUUUCUUUUUUUCAGCAAGAAAUACUUUGGAUUU